AUGGAGGUUCAUAAGUCAAGUUUAUUAUUGAUUAUCUAUGUUACUCUUGUUCUGUUGUCCAUGAAAUCACAAUCUGCCAUCAUUUCAGAAAAUGAAACAGAUCGAUUAUCUUUACUUGCCUUCAGAAAUGAAGUAACAGAAGAUCCAUUUGGAGCAUUGAGCGCAUGGAACGGUUCUUUGCACUAUUGCAAUUGGACAGGAAUCACCUGUAGUAGCCAGCAACCUAGCAGGGUCACCGCCAUGGAUCUGAGUGCUAAAAGUUUGGUUGGUUCAAUAUCUUCGCAUAUUGGAAACAUUACAUUCUUAGAAACUCUCGACCUCCACAAGAAUAGCUUCAGUGCUCAAAUUCCUCAGGAGAUUGGUCAUUUAUCCCGGCUUCAGAUUCUUGAUUUGUCAGAGAAUUUGCUAGAAGGAGAAGUUCCAAAUAAUCUAACCUCCUUUACCAAACUCGAAGAGUUUAGUUUAUACAUGAAUCGGCUAGUAGGAAGAAUUCCAACUGAGCUUGGAUCUGUAUCUAAGCUUGCUGUGCUGCAACUCUCAGGUAACUAUUUAGUUGGAACCAUCCCAGUUUCACUCUCAAACCUUUCAAUUCUAACUGCACUUGCGAUCGGAUUCAAUAAUCUCAAUGGCGAUAUUCCAUCCAGUCUCGGCCAUUUAUCCAAGUUAGAGUAUUUUCAACUCUCAUACAAUAACUUAUCUGGUUCAGUUCCUGCCCAGCUUUUUAACAUCUCCUCAAUCUAUUAUUUUGCCGUCGCCAACAAUCAACUUCAUGGAACCAUUCAGCCUGACAUUGGGAUUACUCUGACUAAUCUCCAAACGUUCAGCAUAGCUAGCAAUAGAUUUUCUGCUGAGCUACCUAGUUCCUUAUCCAAUCUUUCUAGAUUGUUUGCACUGGAUGUCUCUGACAAUCAGUUCACAGGAGAUGUGCCACCCAAUUUGGGAAGAUUGCAAGGUCUGGUUCUUUUAAAUUUAGCUAAGAAUCAGCUUGGAAGUGGUUAUGCAGAUGACUUGAGUUUCUUUGAUUCAUUAUCUAACUGUAGUCACCUAGAAACACUUGCACUAUCUAAUAACAAUUUAACCGGGCAGUUACCAGAAUACAUAGGCAACCUCUCAACAAAGCUCGCCGUCUUAAACAUGGGGGCAAACGAGAUAUUUGGUGAAAUUCCAUCUGGAAUUGAAAAUCUUGUUAAUCUCACCAGAUUAAGCUUUAAGGAUAACAAACUUACCGGAAGUAUUCCUGUUUCAAUAGGAGAGCUGCCAAAUUUAGUACGUCUUGCAAUGUCCGGUAAUCAACUCUCUGGGCUAAUACCAUCUAAUAUAUGCAAUAAUUCUAAAUUGGAAAUGAUUCAUUUUGGAAUGAAUAGACUGCAAGGUGAAAUUCCACCUAGUCUUGGCAACUGUCGUAGCCUGCAAGAUUUGGGCCUUUCACAAAAUCAGCUUAUAGGUACCAUACCAAAACCUGUUAUGCGUCUUUCUUCACUGUCAAUCCUGGACUUGUCUGCGAAUCUAUUAUCCGGUACUUUACCUUAUGAGGUUGGUAACUUAGAUAAGAUUGAGUACCUAGACCUAUCCAAAAACCAUAUAUCUGGUCAGAUUCCAUCCUCACUAGGGAAAUGUCUUGGUUUGCAGAACCUUUAUUUACAAGGUAACUUAUUUGACGGGGUUAUACCAUCAUCCUUGGAAAGUUUACGUGGAGUUCAAAUCUUAGACCUUUCUCGCAAUCGCUUGUCUGGUCAAAUUCCCGAGUUUCUUGGGUCAUUUCUUUCCCUCACAUAUCUGAAUUUGUCUUUCAAUGAAUUUGAAGGCGAAGUUCCUAACCAAGGUAUUUUUAAAAACACAAGCACAUUCUCAAUCCUCGGAAACAAGAAGUUGUGUGGCGAAAUUCCUCUACCGUAUUUACCGAGUUGCCGGAGACCUGGCCCUGAAAGUAACCACCAAAGCAAGCAUUUUCCUCUAGUCAGACUGCUCCUGAUAAUAUUUGGAGCAGUCAUCUUUGCUGUUCUUUAUUGUUGGUUUCAUAUAUUCAUUUGGAGGGUGAAGGCACAAGAAAGACCUUCUACUUCUUCUGAAUCUCCACUGGGUUAUGUGUUUCAAAAAGUCUCAUACAACGAGCUUCGAAAUGCAACAAAUGGAUUUUCCACAGAUAACUUAGUUGGAGUUGGAAGUUAUGGCUCCGUAUACAGAGGAUUAUUAAAACUAAACCAAGACACAACAACAGUUGUUGCAGUAAAAGUACUCAAUCUUCAAAGACGAGGAGCUUCAAAAAGUUUCAUGGCUGAAUGUCAAGCACUGAGAUGCAUUCGUCAUAGAAAUCUCGUGAAGAUACUGACUUCUUGCUCUAGUGUUGAUUUGAAGGGAAAUGAAUUCAAAUCUCUAGUGCUUGAGUUCAUGCCAAAUGGGAGUCUUGAGAACUGGUUGCACCCAACAUCAAAUGACGAACAACUUCAUAGAUCGACAAGGAGGUCAUUGAGUUUCAUGGAGAGGUUAGAUAUAGCAAUUGAUAUUGCAACUGCAUUAGAUUAUCUCCAUCGUCAAUGUCAAACACCUAUAGUUCAUUGUGAUUUGAAGCCAAGUAACGUACUAUUAGACGAUGACAUGAUUGCACAUAUUGGCGAUUUUGGAUUAGCCAAGUUCCUUGGUGAAGCCAUUAUCAAUGUUGAAUCUGAAAGCCAUACUAGUAAUCCUUCUGGUGGAAUAAGGGACACAGUUGGGUAUGCUGCUCCAGAGUAUGGAAUGGGUACAGAGAUAUCGAAAAACGGAGACAUUUACAGCUUUGGGAUCUUGUUGUUAGAGUUAUUUACCGGAAGGAGACCUACUGACGACCAGUUCAAGGAUGGCUUAAGCCUUCAUAACCUUGCGGCGACAUCUCUUCUUACUGACCGAGUAAUGCAGAUUGUUGAUCCUAUACUACUUGUCCCUCUACAAUUUCAAAGUCAGCAUGACAUUAUAGAAGAUUUACUGAUCCAUGGGGAUAUGGAGGCCAACUUAUCCGAGGCUUUGACACGGAUUGUCAAACUUGCUGUUGCAUGUUCCGGUGAAUCACCUAAAGUGCGGAUGGAAACAGUACAGGUCGUGAAAAUGCUGCAAUCGGUCAAGAACUUAUAUUUUUAUCUGAAAAUUGGGUACAUUAUAAAAAAAGAAGGGAAGGGUUACAACCACUUACAAGAAAGGAACGAAAGAAUUUACAACUCAGAAAUCAGAAUUAUGAAACCAAAAUGCUCAUGCAGCUAACAAUUCUUUGGCCACUAUACAUACUUGUAAUAAUUAGAGCCCAAAAAAGGUAAUGAUCUUGACACAGAAAUUUCUAUUUUUGUCUGAAUUUUUAUCCAUGUUUAAAUUGUUAAAGUGUAGUUUGCAUAAAUAUUG